GCCGGGACUCAUCGGGAAGGAAAACUUUUUCAAAAGUUUUAGGAGGUGAGAAGGAAUCACAGCAGCCGUGGCCGAGCUGCGGAGGAUAUUACGGGACUGGGACUUAACUUAACGCUACGCUUUCCGGUAGACUUUUACAAAUAAGAAAGACUAAACAAAUAAUAAUCUUCAGCGAGUUUGGAGCAUUAUUUUUUUGGUGAUAUUAACAAAGGAUGUAUUUCUACUGAAAUCCCUGUUCGAAAGGCUGGAAACUUUUCCACAGAAAUGGAAGGAAAUAUCCCAUGGAUUAUUUUGUCAUUUGUGUUGUUUAUACAUAUUGGUGAAGGGUUCCGCUGUUUGGAUAAAAACAAGCCUUGUGAAAACGGAGGGACAUGCAUAGAUUCACCUUCUCAGUGCAUAUGUCGUCCAGGAUUCAUUGGUCCGCUCUGUAAGCACCUCGAUCCAUGUCAUCGAUCGCCAUGUCUGAAUGGUGCAGCUUGCAAGAGCCAGGUGGUCGGUGGUGUCCCACAGUACACAUGUGUGUGCCAUAGAGGAUUUAGAGGACAAGACUGCUCCCUCAUUGAUGCCUGUGCCACAAGUCCUUGUGCUAAUGGGGCCCGCUGUGUCAAUUGGAAUAACCACUACAACUGUUCCUGUCCACCUGGGUACCAGGGCAAGAACUGCCGCAAUGACAUUGAUGAGUGCCGCAAGUCUGGUGUGUGCCUCAACGGUGGCCUCUGCAUUAACACACAUGGAUCCUUCCGCUGCCAGUGCCCACCAGGAUACAGUGGGCGCACAUGCGAGGUGUCCAUCCUCCCUUGUGCUCCAUCUCAGUGCCUUAAUGGUGGUACCUGUCGACAAACCAGCGACCAUUCCUAUGACUGUGCUUGCUUACCAGGGUUUGAGGGACACAACUGUGAGAAUAAUGUGGACGACUGUCCAGGUCACAAGUGUAUGAAUGGAGGAAUAUGUGUGGACGGAGUCAAUACAUACAAUUGCCAGUGUCCACCAGAAUGGACAGGACAAUAUUGUGCUGAGGAUGUCAAUGAAUGUCUCAUGCAACCCAAUGCUUGCCACAAUGGGGGUACCUGCUUCAAUACUAUUGGAGGCCAUACUUGUGUCUGUGUUAAUGGCUGGACUGGAGAUGACUGCAGUGAGAACAUUGAUGACUGUGCAAUCGCUGUUUGCUUCAAUGGUGCCACUUGUCACGACCGCGUAGCCUCGUUCUUCUGCGAGUGUCCAGUUGGGAAGACAGGUUUGCUGUGCCACCUUGAUGAUGCCUGUGUGAGUAACCCCUGCAAUGAGGGUGCUGUGUGUGACACCAACCCAUUAAAUGGCCGGGCUAUUUGUACCUGUCCUGCUGGUUUUGUGGGAGGUGCCUGCAACCAGGACAUGGAUGAAUGUUCUAUUGGUGCAAACCCAUGUGAGCAUUUUGGGAAAUGUGUGAACACUGAGGGUUCCUUUGAGUGCCAGUGUGGUAGGGGUUACGCUGGACCACGCUGUGAGAUUGACAUCAAUGAAUGCAAUUCCAUGCCUUGCCAAAACGAUGCCACCUGCUUGGAUCGCAUUGGAGAGUUUACAUGCAUUUGCAUGCCAGGCUACAUGGGGACUUACUGUGAGAUCGACAUAGAUGACUGUGAGAGCAACCCAUGUGUGAAUGAUGGCAUCUGCCGGGAUAUGGUCAAUGGCUUCACGUGCACCUGCCAGCCAGGGUUUACUGGCACCAUGUGUCAAAUGGACAUAGAUGAGUGCGCUAGCACACCCUGCCAGAAUGGAGCAAAAUGUUAUGACCGGCCCAACGGAUUUGAGUGCCGCUGUGCUGAAGGUUAUGAAGGGACCCUCUGUGAGAGCAAUAUAAACAACUGCCAACCUGACCCAUGCCACCACGGUACUUGCAUCGAUGGCAUUGCUAGCUACACAUGUAACUGUGAUGCUGGAUACACAGGCUAUCGCUGUGAGAAUCAGCUGAAUGAGUGCCACAGCAACCCCUGUCAAAAUGGGGGCAAGUGCGUGGACCUGGUCAAUAAAUAUAUCUGCCAGUGUCAACAUGGAACCUCAGGUCCAAACUGUGAGAUAAACUUUGAUGACUGUGCCAGUAAUCCAUGUGAUUAUGGCAUCUGCAAAGAUGGCAUCAAUCGCUAUGAUUGUGUUUGCAAACCUGGAUUUACUGGUCCCAAAUGUAAAGUAGAAAUAGAUGAGUGUGCAUCCAGUCCCUGCAGGAAUGGGGGAACAUGCGUUGAUGAAGAGAAUGGAUUUCACUGUCAGUGUCCAGAGGGUUUUAAGCCCCCUUACUGUUACUCCCAAGUGGAUGAGUGUGGCAGCAGCCCAUGUGUACAUGGUUCAUGCAGGGAUGAUAUAAAUGGUUACCGUUGUGACUGUGAGCCUGGAUGGGUUGGGAAAAACUGUGACUUGGAUAGAAAUGACUGUUUGCCAAGCCCUUGCCAGAAUGCUGGCACAUGCAUCGACCAGCUCAAUGGUUUCAUGUGCAAGUGUCGCCAAGGCUUCAGAGGUAACCUCUGUCAGGUGAACAUCAACGAAUGUGCCUCCAGCCCCUGUCUGAACAAGGGUACCUGUGUGGAUGGCGUGGCGAGUUUCACCUGUUUGUGUGAACUUCCAUAUAGUGGACCCACUUGUGCUGAGGUCCUCACCCCUUGUUCCCCUAACCCCUGUGCCAAUCAUGCAGUCUGCACCCACACACCAGACUAUUUGGGUUAUCAAUGCAACUGCCAGCCAGGGUGGCAAGGUCAGUUGUGCAACAUAGAUGUGAAUGAAUGCAUUUCAAACCCCUGCAAAAACAGAGGGACGUGCACUAACACGCUUGGAGGCUUCGUAUGCUCCUGCAGAGCAGGAUACACCGGGCUCACCUGUGAAACAGACAUCAAUGACUGUGUUCCGAAUCCUUGCCUAAGUGGAGGCUCGUGCUCAGACGGUGUGAACUCAUACCACUGUAGCUGCUUACCAGGCUUCACAGGUCCCCAGUGUGCUCUAGAAAUCAACGAAUGCCAGAGUUUUCCCUGCAGAAAUGGGGGCACUUGUACAGACUAUGUUAACUCGUACACUUGCACAUGUCGCCCUGGUUUUACUGGCAUUCACUGUGAAAUCAACAUCCCUGACUGUACCGAGAGCUCUUGCUUCAAUGGAGGGACAUGCACAGAUAAAGUCAAUGGCUAUUCCUGUACCUGCCGGCCAGGCUUCACUGGCUCCCAUUGCCAAUAUGAAGUAAAUGAGUGCAACUCCCAGCCCUGUCUUAAUGGCGGCAUCUGUCAAGAUGCACUGGAGUCCUUCCGUUGCUCUUGCCCCAAGGGCUAUACUGGCAAUCGCUGCCAGACACCAGUCGAUUGGUGCAGACGAUCAUCUCGAUGCCAAAAUGGAGCACGGUGUCGCCAAAAGGACGCUUCUUUCAUCUGUGAAUGUCCUAAUGGUUGGUCUGGACAAUAUUGUGACAUCCCCAGAGUCUCCUGUGAGAUAGCUGCUCUCAAGCGAGGGAUCCAAACAGAUGAACUGUGUGACCACGGAGGCCACUGUGUUAACACUGGGAAUACCCACUAUUGUAAAUGUCCGUCUGACUACACUGGAAGCUAUUGUGAAAGUCAAGUUGAUCACUGUGAGGACAAACCUUGUCACAAUGGCGCCACCUGCAGGGGAUAUGUUGGCGGGUACCAGUGUGAUUGCAUGCCCGGCUUUACUGGACAGAACUGUGAGAUAGAAAUCAACGAGUGCCAGUCUCAUCCAUGCCAGAAUGGAGGCACUUGCAUUGAUUUAGUGGGUCAUUACAUCUGCUCCUGUCCUCCUGGCACUCUGGGUGUUCUCUGUGAGAUCAAUGAAGAUGACUGUGCUCCACCCCUGAGGCUGCGCAGUGCUCCACCAAAGUGCCUGAACAAUGGCACCUGUGUGGAUAGAGUUGGGGGGUAUCGCUGUAAUUGCCCCCCUGGUUUCACCGGAGAAAGAUGUGAGGGAGACAUAAAUGAGUGUCUCUCUAACCCCUGUAGUCCUUUAAACAGUCUUGACUGCGUCCAGCUGCCCAACGAUUACCUUUGUGUUUGCAAGCCUGGCUUUACAGGUCGGAGGUGUCAGAACAGGUUCAGUGUGUGUGAGUCUCAACCUUGUCAAAAUGGAGGAGCCUGUUCUGUAACCAGCAGUUCUUCCCUGGGAUAUACCUGCACAUGUCAGCUGGGUUACACUGGUACCAAUUGUGAAAGAAACAUGUCCUGUCGAGAUCUGUCUUGCUAUAAUGGAGGAAGUUGUACACGUACCGCAAAAGGGGCACGUUGCACCUGCCUCCCAGGAUACGGCGGACCCCAAUGCCAGCAUCGCAGUAAUGAAGGGUGCUCCUCCAAGCCCUGCCAGAAUGGAGGGUUGUGCACUGAAGAGACCAGCUACCCGUUCUUCCACUGCCAGUGUCCAAGUGGCUGGACAGGCAAACGCUGUGAGCAGGGCGGCCUGUCCUUUGAGCCUUCAUGCCCCGUGGCUGACUGUCAUAACAAAGCCAACGACAGUGUUUGUGACAGGGAAUGUAACACGUACCUUUGUCGCUGGGACGGAGGGGACUGCUCUCUCGCAGUGAACCCCUGGGCUCGUUGCACAGACCCUCUGUGCUGGCGUGCCUUUAACAACAGUCAGUGUGACGAGUCUUGUAACAAAGCUGAAUGCCUGUAUGACAACUUUGACUGCAGAAACAAGGAAAAAGUUUGCAAUCCCAUAUAUGAAGCCUACUGCAUUGACCACUACGCUGAUGGGCUGUGUGACCAGGGCUGUAACACAGAAGAGUGUGGUUGGGAUGGAUUGGACUGUGCGCGGAAGAUUCCAGAAGAGCUUGCAGAUGGUGUCUUGGUUCUGGUUGUGCUUCUGCCUCCAGAAGAGCUUCUUCGUACCGGCACAGCUUUUUUGCAGAAAUUAAGUGCCAUUCUGCACACCUCAGUACGCUUCAGGCUGGAUCACAAUGGAGAUGCAAUGAUUCUCCCCUACACCCGCAGAGAGGGACGCUUCAAGCGGGAAUUAGAGCCUCACCAGGAAGUCAUCGGGUCCAAAGUCUAUGUGGAGAUAGACAACCGUCUGUGCUCUCAGGACUCAGUGGAUUGUUUCCCCACAGCAGACAGUGCUGCAGAAUACUUGGGAGCGCUCUCCGCAGUAGAAAUGCUCCGCUUCCCGUAUCCCCUCAAACAAGUCCGCGGUGAAAAGAUCCCACCUGCUGAGGACCCCAUUCCCCAGUGGGGGAAGCUGAUGCUGGCAGGGAUAGCGUCUGUUUUUGUGUUGGUCAUCCUCUUGAUAGGCAUGCUGAUUACUCGUAGAAAGAGAGAGCACAGCACCCUCUGGUUCCCUGAAGGCUUUUUCGUCAAGAAGGAACCCAGCAGUAACAAGAACCGCAGAGAACCUGUGGGUCAGGAUGCUCUCGGCAUGAAACACAUGCAAAAAACUGUUGAGGAAUCUCUUCUUGGAGAUCACAGUGAUCAGUGGAUGGACCCGGACUGCCCAGAACCAAAGCGACUCAAGGUAGAGGAGCCAAGUAUGCUGUCAGACAGUGAAGGUGCAGUGGACUGCAGACAGUGGACACAGCAUCACCUUGCAGCUGCAGACAUUCGUGUACCACCCACCAUGGCCCUCACACCACCUCAAGGAGAAUUUGAAAGCGAUUGCAUGGAUGUUAAUGUCAGAGGCCCAGAUGGUUUUACACCCUUGAUGCUGGCAUCUUUCUGCGGAGGCGGCUUAGAGCCUGAGGUGGCAGAGGAGGAGGAGAAUGAAGAGUGUUCUGCCAACAUCAUUUCUGACUUGAUAUACCAGGGGGCAUCCCUUGCUGCCCAAACGGACCGCACUGGUGAGACAGCGCUCCACCUGGCAGCCCGCUACGCCCGCGCCGAUGCUGCAAAGAGGCUGUUGGAUGCUGGAGCAGAUGCCAACGCUCAAGACAAUACAGGACGUACCCCGCUGCAUGCAGCAGUGGCUGCAGAUGCCCAGGGUGUCUUCCAGAUUUUGAUUCGAAAUCGAGCCACGGAUCUUGACUCUCGUAUGUAUGAUGGCUCAACUGCACUGAUUCUGGCUGCACGACUGGCAGUAGAAGGCAUGGUUGAGGAACUCAUCACUUGUCAUGCUGAUGUUAAUGCAGUGGACGAAUUGGGUAAAUCUGCUCUGCACUGGGCAGCUGCUGUUAACAACGUGGAUGCCACUGUCGCUCUCCUGAAGAACGGAGCAAACAAAGAUAUGCAAGAUCUCAAGGAAGAAACCCCUCUUUUCCUUGCAGCCCGGGAGGGCAGCUGUGAAGCUGUGAAGGUGCUGCUUGCUCAUUUCGCAAACAGAGAAAUCACUGACCAUAUGGACAGGUUGCCAAGAGACAUUGCUCAGGAGCGCAUGCACCAUGACAUUGUGCAGCUUCUUGAUGAGUACAACACAGUAAGGAGCCCCCAGGGCCAUGGGGGAGCUGGACACCACCUCACCGGGGGGCACACCCUGUCCCCACUCAUGUGUCCACCCAGUGCCUUCCUGCCCAGUCUAAAGAACACCCCACAGGGUAAGAAGAACCGCCGGCCAGGAGCCAAAGGUUCCAGCCUGGGAAGCCAGCAUGCUGCCAAUCUAAAAGAGUCAGUCAAGGCUCGCAACAAGAAGCUGACCCUGGACAUGCAGAGUGCCUUACUGGAUAGCUCAGUGACUCUGUCUCCCGUUGACUCACUGGACUCUCCCCAUGGGGGAGCUAGCAACGCUGGCUAUAUGACCAAUCCAACUUCUCCUGUGGCCAUGCAGUCACCUGGGCUGUUUCACUCCUCCAUGUCAGUCCCAAACACUCCAAUGGUCCACAGUAGCAUGCUGGAAGGAGGGGGGCCCUUUGCUGUGUCUCUGGCGCAAAUCAAUGAUCUGGGAGCUGGGGGAAUGUCCUUGCAGGGUCCCGUCACGAUGGCUUCAGACGUUAGCCACGGCUACGUGCUGAGCUCCGGGCAGAUGGGGCUCAACAUGGGCAUGGUCAGUCCGGUCAGUGUGCCUUUUGACUGGCACAGCCGCAUGCCCCCCUCCUCCCAGUGUGGUCAGCAGGUGGUGAAUAUUGUGCAUAAUAGCCAGGCAGGCAUGCACCCCCAAAGUCCAGCCAUGCAGCAGCAGAGCAUGUUGAUGCACCAGCAGCAGCUCUAUCGCAGCCCCAUGCUCCAGCCCACACCCGUCUCCUCCACCCCCACCAUCAGCCCAGUCAAGCUGCCCUCCAUUGCUGAGCAGCAGCAGCAGCAGCAGCUCAUCAAUCACAGUAUCGCCAACCAGCAAAGUAUUGCCCGAAUGGGCACUUCCACCCCUCCAACACCCCAGACCUCCCAGCCCCCACCACCCUUUUUCCAGCAGCAGCUGCCUCAGCAGCCCACUCAGUCACAGCCUCCCGCCCAGCCCCCCCAAGGAGCCACACAGGCCGCCCUGCCCACCCAGGUCCUUCCCUCCCAGCCAAGUAGCAGCACCGCAGGAAAGGAGGAUUAUCCAACCCCUCCCUCCCAGCACAGCUACUCAUCCACGUUAGACGCCACACCCAAGCAUUACCACAAUUUGUCCAGUGAGCACCCCUAUCUGACCCCUUCUCCAGAGUCUCCUGAGCACUGGUCCAGUCCCUCCCCACACUGUGUCUCUGAUUGGUCAGAUUCUACGCCCAGCCCACCGGUCGCUGUCUCCAACCAGACCCAAAUUACUCAAAUUCCAGAUGCCAAUGGCAAGAUGCAAGUGUUUGCGUGAAGAUUCUAUGGCUAUUGCCUGAAAAGGGACCUGGAGUAAAAAACAAACAAACAAACUUUGGACUGGCUCUUUGGCCUUUCUGUGUUUUAUAUGUCAGCCUGUUUCCAAGAUUUUCAUUGGAUUUGGAUUGACACUCUUUAUCACGCGGACCGUCUGCCAGUGAUUUUUGCAGAGGAGAAAAAAAAAGUAAAGGGAAAUGUGUGUUGUCUGAAAAAAGCAGACAAUUUAAUGAAGUAAUUCUGUCACAGAUGGACUUGUUUUUUAUUAUAAAAAAUGUAUAUGAAGAAAACCAAGUCUUUAAUUUGAAAGACAUUGGGACACUCCUAAAAACUAACAAACAUUUUAAAAGUAGAUAAGAGAUAAAGAGAAAUGUUGAAGGGAAUUCAUUUAUUUUUAUUUAUUGUUUUUAUCUAUCUGAACUGCUUUUUAGUUUUUUUGUUCGUUGUAGCUUCUCAUAUAAAGUGCCAUCAAGAUGUUAAACUGGGUUCUAGCAAAUACAUUUCAAGAGUUGCUCUGCAGUAGUGAUGCUUGCCUGAGUUGUGGUAAAUAAUUACUUUCUAUGAGUAUUAUGAGCAAGAAUGUAGAUGAGUGUCUCUGAAGCACUUCAAGUGACCAGCCUCAAAGGGCAAGUCUAAGUCAAAAACAACAUUUGACUUCAAUUAAUAUUUAUAAUAUAUGGAGGGCAUUUAUAGUUGAUUUGCCUUAUAAUCUUUAAGAAAAAAGGAAGAAGCAGAUACAAAUUUUUAAGUGUGAUGCUUCCAUUUCGCAGCCUCUCACAGUUAAUAAAUAUUCUUACUGCCAGUUUUUCUGCCAACUCUGAUAACUUUUAAGCAUUUCUUGUGUAUUUAUGUUUCAUACGUUACUCUUUUAUUUCAUGUAUAACGUUUGCCUUUAAAAUCAGCCACUCACUGCCCUCCUGUUUUGUUUUUCGGUUAUUUUAUAUUCUGUAUAUUUUGUGGAGAACCAUGGACAUUUUUUUUUUUUUUAAAACAUCACUUUAGAUGUAUUAAGCUAUGCUUAUAUCAGCUGCUAUUUUCUAUCACUCUUCCCUGCAAACAUUCCUCCAGUGUCCCCCGCUCGCUGAGUUUGGACGCUGUGCCUCGACAUCCGACACAGAACAGAACAGGACGACGGGCUGGUUGAGG